AUGAGGAAGGUACCUAAAAAGGUUGGAACUCAGUUUUGUAACGAAACUAAGUUCUUGAAAAAGCUAAGUGCAGUAGUUAGGGAUAGAGAAAUUGAUCCCCAUGUAUUUGUUGAUGGCUGGAACAGUGUUAUGGAGGAAUUUGACCUUGUAGAUCAUGAGUGGCAUGAACAGGAUGAGUUGAACAGGCUUAAUAAAUAUGAGCCUCAAUUGGUUACUCAUUUACACUUGGAAAAGCACGCUGUUGUUGUUUACAGUCGUGCCAUAUUUUAUGAUUUUCAAGAAGAAUGCGAGGCAGCCUGUUUCUCAUGUGGUGUUGAAAGUUGUAGUUCUCUAUAUGGAGAUGGUGUGGAGUUUCCUGUAAUUGUUGAUCAUGAGAAAAGGAAAAACUUUGAUGUAAAUUUUGACUUGGCCACAUAUGAAUGCAGUUGUACUUGUAAAAUGUUUGAGAGUCAAGGCAUCUUUUGUAGACACAUUCUGUUUAUUAUGAAAGGCAAGUCUAUACGUGAAAUUCCUGAUCUUUAUAUUAUGAAUCGUUUGAGAAAAGACAUUCUGAAGAAAGCUUCAGGCAUAAAUGUUGUUCUGGAUGAUGCUUCUAGGUAUGAUAAGAAGAAGCAAUUGGUGAGUGAUGUGUGGUCCAAGAUUUUCAGUUGUGUGAGUUUAUCUGAGCAAUCUGAGGAUGAUUUAUCUGAGCUUAUUAGGACAUUAUUUUCAUUUGAGGAGCAGAUGCUGACAAAGAAUAAUUCUGAAAAUGCAACUAGUUCAAAAGAGGUGAAAGAUGCUGAUAUUCAGGUUUUGGUUGGGUCAAAUGAAGUAGAUGUAAACAUCUUGCCUCCAAAUCAGUAUCUUAAUAAAGGUUCUGCCAGAAGUUCAAAGUGGUUGAAGAGUGCAAAAGAAAUAGCUUCUGAAGAAAAAUCCAAAAAGGGCAGAACCUGUAGAGCUUGUGGGCAAUCUGGUGUAUACUGUCCAAACAAUUAUUAUAAUACUUGGAAAUUUAAAGAUGUUUUGGAUGAUCAAGAUAUACUGAAGAAAUGUUAA